AUUGACGAUCUUGGUUAAAGCUAGCCGGCUAGCUGUUAACGCAGACUGACGCCAUUAGUUUACAGCAAAGAAAGCGUAAGAACCGUGAGAAGCGACCCGGUUCCGAUUUUAGACCGGUUCUCCUGUCGGUUUGGACCGCUGCUGUUCGCGGUUUGGGCCGUGUGAGCUGUCAGAGAGCCGCUCUUAUGAUUUUAGCCUAAUUUAUAAAGUCGGAAGUCGGUUUAAGGUUCGAACUAAGUUAGCAUUGUUAGCAGCUCGACAACAAACGUCUCUUUUUUUUUCUGGAAAUAAAUACCCAGGGGGAGUAUUUUCUAAACUAAAGUGAGAAGAUGGCAGCAGCGGGGGCGGCCGGGAGCGGCGGCAGAACCUACUCCUUCAAAGUGGUGCUGCUGGGGGAAGGCUGCGUGGGGAAGACGUCGCUGGUGCUGAGAUACUGCGAGAACAAAUUCAACGACAAACACAUCACAACCCUUCAGGCGUCCUUCCUCACAAAGAAGCUCAACAUCACAGGAAAGAGGGUCAACCUGGCCAUCUGGGACACGGCGGGACAGGAGCGCUUCCACGCGUUAGGUCCCAUCUACUACAGAGACUCCAACGGAGGCAUUCUAGUCUACGACAUCACAGACGAAGACUCCUUCCUGAAGGUGAAGAAGUGGGUGAAAGAGCUGAGGAAAAUGUUGGGAAACGAGAUUUGUUUAUGUAUAGUAGGUAAUAAAAUAGAUUUGGACAAAGACAGACACGUCUCGGUGGAAGAAGCUGAGAGCUAUGCAGAGUCGGUGGGAGCCAAACAUUACCACACGUCAGCCAAGCUAAAUAAGGGCAUCGAGGAGCUGUUCCUGGAUCUGUGCAAACGGAUGAUGGAGACGGCUCAGGCGGAGGAGAGAGCGAAGGGAAACGGAGCCAGCCAAUCAGCAUCGAGUAGGCGGGGCGUGCAGAUUGUGGACGACGAGCCGCAGGCCACGCCGGCCGGAGGAUGCUGCUCUUCUGGCUAACACACACCCAUCCACACAUAACCAACACGUUUAUCCGUCUGUCAUCCAGUUCGUCCGCUCGAUAAAUAACCUCUGCCGCUGAGGAUCAUGGGAAAUCAUAUUCAAGUUUGUUUCGUCUGUGUUAGCGCCAAAAUAAAAGCCCCUCUGAUUUAUCCAGGUGUGCUUCUGUAGCAGGUUGAUCUCUGUAACGAGCAGCUGCUGUCACAUUCAACAUGGCCGCUCCUGGUUUGGGUUGUUUUUUUUUUUGUUUUGGGGGUGAAGCUGCUGUACUGACCUUCAUUAACCUUCAUCUGGGAAUGAAAACAUGGUAAAGGGGCAACGGUUCCACCUGCUGGACGGAUGUGAUUUAAACCUCAAAGGAGAUCUCAGAGUUUUUAUUUCAACCGGCAGACACACCCUCAAUGUUGAAGCAGUCAGGAAUUGUAUGUCGGUGGUGUUAGCAGGCGGCUAAGGAGCUACUGAUGCUCCGUAGCAGCUGGGUUCUCUCUGUUAAAUGAAAGGAGAGCUCUGAUUUCAUCCUUUAAUGUCAUUUAUGGAAAUAAAAUCUAAUGCUGCAGGCUUCUAGUCUGUGGAAUAACUCCAUCCCUAACCAGGAAAUUAAGGCAGAAUUCACCUUUUAUCAGAUUUUAAACGGGCUGAAAAAUCCGUUCUAGUCGGACAGACGGAGUAGAUCCAGCUUCGUUAAAAAUAACGGUGACUGAUCUUGCUCCAUUUGGGGGAGGGGUUUAACUUUAAAAGAUGAAAACUUGGAUGGAAAUGAUGAGCAGUUUUCAGAUAUUUUGAUUAUUCUUAAAAGAUGUAAAAAAAAAAAAGAUGUAUUUGUUUAAAGGUGUCUGGUCUGCGAUGAUUGUAGCAGAAAAAUUCAUUUAAAUCUGUAAAUGUUUGCGUUGUUCUCGCAUUACUCUGUUUUAUGUUUGAUUUAUUUUGUGUAACUUGGAUUUUGGAGAAAAUUAAACAUUUAAACAUAUUUUCUUUCUGUGAGUCUAAAAACACGAAAUCAAACGAGAGCCGCAGCUUUUUGAUUCUAGCUCUAAAACAGGCCCAAAGAUGUCGGAUUCCUCCCAGGUUUAAAGUAUUUUUUUACAUUUAAAGGAAAAAAAUAACAAAAAAGGGGAAAACUGUGGAUAAAGGAAGCUGAAACAAACAACAUGCAUUCAUGUCUAAGUAUGUGUAUUGUGUUGCUGAUGUGCCAUUAUUAAUGAUUGUAGGAGGAGGAUUCUCCCCACUUGGCUCUGCUCCUCUUCAUCGCUUUAACCUUUGAUUUUGUAACUUCUUGACUUGGAAGUUAAACCCUGCAUGUCUGAUUCCUGUAAACUGCUUUGUUUGUCUCACUUUUAAACAAAAUAAAAUAAGUUAUUUUACAGUGA